AUGGGCGUCUCAGCGAAUAUUCGACAAUACAUAAUUGUUAUAUCAGUUAAUUUAACUUCUAUUGGCAUGGGAAUGAGUCAAUCUUGGACAUCACCGAUGCUUGUAAAAUUGAUGCAUGAAGACACACAGCUCUCUGAACGAGUUAAUGAAGAUCAAGCUUCGUGGAUAGUGUCUAUUGGUUUCUUAAGCUCGAUAGCGUUCUUUCCAGUAGUCUAUUGUUUAGUAAAUCUCUAUGGCAGGAAGACAGUCAUGUUAUACCUAAAUAUAUUUCGAGCUACCGUCAAUCUACUGUUCAUAUUUGCUACAGAAGUGUGGAUGUUGUAUCUUGUUAGAGGCGUUACGGGGACCUGUGAAAUUGGUAUAUUGUCAAUUAUGCCAGCUUACAGCGCGGAGAUUGCUAGUAAGCAAAUCCGUGGUGCGUUGGGCACAAUAGCACAACUGCUAAAUGCAGUUGGCAUGCUCAUAAUCUUAUCCUUGGGUCCAUAUGCGUCGUACUUAAUGGUAAACAUAGUUUAUGUCACCACGGUUGCUGUAAUGGUCGUUCCUAUGUUUUUCGUACCAGAUAGUCCAUAUUGUAUGGUUAAGAAAGGUCGCAUGAACGAAGCCUUAAAAACCCUAACAUACCUGCGAGACUCCGAACUCUUAGCCCAAGAAGAAAUAAAAGAGAUGUCUUGCGUUUCUGGUACUAAAAUAACCAGUAAGACUAUAAAGGAUAUUGCAUUCUUAAAAUCUAUGGGCAUUGCAGUUUUUCUUAGUAUCGGAAUACAAUUAGUUGGAUAUAGUUCCAUUACGCUAUAUUUACAGACUAUCCUAGAGGUAACUAAUACCAGUGUUUCUUCUGAACUGGUUUCUGUAAUCUUUGGAGUGAUGCAGGUAAUAGCGUGCUUCGUGACGGCCAUUUUGAGUGACAGAGCUGGGAGAAAGCCUAUAUUGGCGAUAACACUCGGUGGAUUGGCGAUUGGAAUGCUCGGUCUAGGCUUGUUCUUCUACAUGAAAGAUUCUGGAGUCAAAAUCAAUGGUUUCAUGAACUACCUACCUCUUGUAUCAUUAGUUAUAGUGGUUCUUUCUUACAACGCUGGUAUUGGUAGCUUAUGCGUAGUUUUGAUAGCCGAACUUUUCGAAAACUUAACAAGAUCCAUCGGAAUUUCUGUCUGCAUGACAAUUACAAUGAUUGUUGGCUUUUUGAACGUCAAAUAUUUUCCGCUAUUAACAGAAAUCCUGGGGUCCGCCACCGUCUUCUGGUCGUUUGCGAUCAUUUGUCUGAUAUACAUGACAUUUGUAUUGUUUUGUGUGCCCGAAACGAAGCAAAAGUCAUUCUUGGAGAUUCAGGGAGUGCUAGGAAGAAAGUAA